AUGCAGAAUUUAUCUGAUAAUUUUGAUGAAGAAAUUAUUAUUUUAGAUAGUGCAGAAGUUAUUAUUGCUAAUAAUGAGAAUGAAAUAAAAAUAGAAGUUAUUGAUCUAACUUCUGUAAUAAGUUAUGGUAAAAAAAACUAA